AUGCCAGUGGAAGGCGAGAACAGUCCCUACUCCACCAUGACGCCCACAAAACAGGUCGUUGGGUACUCCGUGGCUGUAAACAUCGGGUUCGAGGCGAGCAACUUGCGCCUUGGACAACAGGUGAAUAUCGUGAACGCCGUUUGCAAGAGCUUUCGCCUCGAUCAGUCGAAGUGUCUCGACUUGAUCGUGGGAGGUUGCCACGACGAGCUUCCCGCAUCGUUGAUGCGAGACGUUGAAAUCGCGGCAGAAAUCGUACAUCAACUGCCGUCCACGGACGCACAACUUGGCUUUGAGGCUAUCCUUUGGGUAGUAGAUGCCAGCAUGUAUGACCUCGCUGUUUCUGCUCGAGCAUUCCUGCCCAAUGCCUGA